UGGGCGAGGCUGUCCCAAGUCGCUGUCCAUGGCGCAGAAUAUGACUCCCGUGAACGACAGCCCCACCCGAAAUGUUUGGAAGGGACUCGGGUGGACCUUCUCGACUACAUCUACAGGUUGCUAAACAACCGAGAGCAAAGUCGACUCAUCUGGCUACAUGGUACUGCUGGGGUUGGAAAGUCUGCCGUUGCGUUCACUGUAGCUGAAAGGAUGAGGAGUCUAAAAGUGACAGAGGAGACGAAUGUCGAAAAGCGGCUCGCAGGAACAUUCUUUUUCUCACAAAAAUACACCGAACGCUGCACGACCGCAUAUUUUUUUGCGACACUUGUCUAUCAGCUUGCUAGCAAUUUUCCCAGCAUCCGGGCGGAUGUGAGCAAAUCGAUCCGCGAUAAUCCCGCUCUCUUAGAUCCCAGCGAGUCUCUCCGCGUCCAGGUGGAGACGCUCUUUCUUCAACCACUCCGUGGGCUUCACCUCAGAUUGCGCGGGUGUCAGCCUUUGACUUUUAUUGUCGAUGCCCUUGAUGAGUGCACAUCCGAAUUUGAGCUUGCCGAUCUCAUCCUUUCCCUUGCACGGGUUCUUCAUGAGCCUGAUCUGCCCGUGAUCCACAUUCUUCUCACAAGUCGCUCGGAAUUACAUAUAUGUAGAACCAUGGAAAAUGAGGAAGUGCGGUCGUUGGUCAUCAUCUCAUUGGACAGCGCUAACGUCGACAAUGACAUCUAUAUCUUCUUGCGGAAUUUCUUCGGACAGCUGGGAAGUCGCCAUCUUGACUUUCCUCAACCAUCAACUGAACAACUUGAGCGACUUGCAAGCCGAGCGGGCAGACGUUUCAUUGUAGCGUCUACGAUGAUGAAGUUUAUCGACAAUGAAGAUAAUGAUCCCUACGAUCAGCUGAUGCUGAUGCUCGAGCUAACAAGCGAGCUGCUACCAGGAACAGAGGUGUUCAAGUUCUACGAUUGUAUCCUCUCUACGUGUGCCGACCCUAAGCGGGCAUAUCUGCACUUGUCUGUCGUUGCUGCUCUCACAGACCCUCUGCCUCUCUCGCAAAUCUCGACACUGCUUGGCCCCGGUUUGGGCAAGGAUGUUGAGACAACUCUGAUGCAGUUGCGGUCUGUCGUGGACAUCCCUGCAGACAGCACUCUCCCCGUGAAUAUCUAUCAUUCCUCCAUUCGCGACUAUGUUUCAGAUACCUUAAACUGCAGCCUCCGUCAAGUACACGAUAUGCCAUCACCUCACUGCCUACUCGCACAUUCCUGUUUCCGCUUGAUGAUGAAAGGCAUUCCAGAAAAUGCUGCACUUCUUGAUGCCCUCUCGCAAUUGGAGACGCAGAGCUCCGCUAUGGAACCCGAGCUCCCCCGUGCUCUCAAGUAUGCUUGUCGAAACUGGGCUGUCCAUCUCUCGCGAGCUCCACAUCCAUGGGAUAACAAGCUUGAUCAUAUAUUCCAUGCUUUCUGGAAUCAUCGCCUCCUUUCUUGGCUUGAACUGCAGUGGUGUUUGAAAGGCCUGCAGUCUUGCCUCGUUAUUUUAUCUGAAGGACAGAAACUUGCAAAGGUCUGUAUUUCUAAUCAUUCUUGCCACUCAUCCUGGAAACUAAUAUUACUUCAUUCUAUGUCCACUGUCUUAUCCUCAUCCUGGACCCCAUUCACGUGCAGCCCAAUAAAGUACAACCUGCUAUUGUUCCUGACCCCAAAACGUCGACAAUGCAAUCAUCAACACCCCCGCCCACCUCCGAAAUGUUGA